CCACAGAUGCGCCAUAACCCUUUAGGAUCGGCUGUUUUUGUUGUGUUUUUAUUGGUGUUCUAUGUUAGAUAGAUUAUUGAAUUAUAAAAAUAUAUAAUUGUUGAUAAAAUAGGACGUAAAUUUUAUUGGUAGGAUCAAAAAAAUGAUCUUAACUUAAAAAUGUAUUCAUUAGUUAGGAUAAUCAAAGUUCAUUUGGUAGCAAUAGCAUUUAUUAAUUUAUUUGUAUUGGGAUGUUGUGAGUUGGAAGAAAUUUCGUAUUGCUCCGAACCUCAGUCAAGUGCACUUCUCGUGAGUACCUUGGAUGGGAGUUUCACAAAAUUAACGGACCGAGGGGAUUUGAAAUGGACCAUUAAAACAGGACCUGAUGCCUUGCUCAAUUCAAAUAUACAUAACUUAGAAUUAACGAAUAAUGGCCGAUGGGUGAGAUUCAUUCCGUCACUCAAUGGAAUGCUUUAUAAAUUUGAUGGCACUACUGUAGAUCCUAUUUCAGUCACAGCAGAGACUCUUAUAAAAUCAUCUGAAAGGUAUACCCAGGAUAUUGUGGCAGCAGGAUCUAUAGAAGUAAAAACAUAUGGAAUUGGAUUUAGAUCUGGUAAUAUAUUUUAUGAAUGUUCUUCUAUUAAAUGUGUAAAUAUCACUAAAAAUGCUGAAGCUGAAGAUGAUGUACUCGUAUUAAAAAGGACAUCUCAAACUGUAAGGGCUGUUGAAAUUCGAAGUGGUAUUGAAAAGUGGAACUUCAGUGUAGGUGAUGUUGAUGUGUAUUUACCCAGAAUAAGUUGUAUUGAUGUUAAUGCAAAAAAAAUUAAAUGGAACAUAACAACAACUUUACCAGACGGUUUAUUAGAGGUAAAUCAUACUCUGAACAAUGAACGUAUUCAUUGGCAACAUCGAUUCUCAUCUCCUAUUGUGAAAAUAUGGAAAUGGAGUGGUAAACACUUGGAAGAAUUUGACACAUUCAAGCCCAACACCCCAUCUUUCUACUCCUCAUUAAACCCUGCACUGUAUAUAGGCAUGCAUAACAAACAACUUUAUAUUCAAGAAUCUAAAAACAAAAUGCUUAAAUUGUUGGAUACAAAGGAUCAACCAGAUACUGAACUUGUAGAAAGUAGAAGCUUAUCAAAAAUUCCAUGGAAACCUGUUCCUGCUUCAUCUUUAACUGAAAGAGAUGAAGCAGUAACUACUUCUGUAUUAUAUAGUUCGCUGUAUGUAAAUGGCAAUGGUUUUUUCUUGUAUACAGAAGCUGAUAUAAUUAAGAAAAAUACAGAAGUCUGUCCAAAAAAAAACGUAACAAUUGUAAAUGUAACAAUUGAAAAUGUUGUAAAUGAAGUGAAUGAAAAAGUCGAAACUGUUGAAUAUAUUAAACUCCCUAUGUGGGUAUGGUGGAAAGAAAUUGCUAUAAUUUCCAUAUCGACAACAUUUUUUUUCCAUUAUGCUAGAAAAAUGACUCUAAAUUACCUACGAAAAAAAGGUUUUUCUAAAAGUUCCUCUCUAGAGUGUCCUAAUACUGAAGAGACUUCAAGAGAAAGGUCAAUAUCUGAGUGCUCGGCCAGUUUUCCAUUCAAUUCCAGAUAUUUGAAUGAUUUUGAUACUCUUCAAUGUUUGGGAAAAGGGGGAUUUGGUGUUGUAUUUCAAGUGAGACAGAAGUUGGAGGAAUGGCAAUAUGCUGUGAAAAGGAUUAGAUUACCAAAUGAAAUGUCAAGGCGUGACAGAGUUUUAAGGGAAGUGAAAGCUUUGGCUAAGAUGGAACAUCAACAUAUUGUGAGAUAUUUUGCUGCAUGGGUCGAACAUCCACCAAUUGGCUGGACAGAAUCAUUCGACAGCAAUUUUAUGAGCGAUAAUGAAAUGACUUCUACAUACAGAAGAACUCAAUCUGUCUCCAUAAUGAUAGAUAAGGUUGAAGAAGAAGAGGAAGCCCCUGUAUCUGUUGAUAAUUCAUCAUAUCCUGCAUCUGUUGAUGAUUUAUCAGUUUCUAAACCUGCUGGAAAUUCCUUAGAUCCUAUAUGUGCUGAUUCAUCAGAUGACUUCAUUGUUUUUGAGAAUUCAAAUAAACAAGAUUCUAAAGAACUGUCAGCAACUACGCUCCCUUCAAUAAAUUCUAGAGAACUGUCAGCUACUACGCUUCCUUCAAUCAAUUCUAAAGAACUGUUCCUUCCUUCAAUUAAUUCUGAAUCUCAAACAACUCAUUCCAAGAGAAAAAGGAUGUGGAAACGUCUAUGUAAAAAAAGUUUUUCGUUGGAUAUAAAGCCUAAACCCAAUUUGGAUCCACCGAUCUUCCUGUAUAUUCAAAUGCAAUUGUGUCAAAAAGAGAGUCUAAAGGAUUGGCUGUUCAAAAACGAAACAAGAGAUAAAGUUGUAGUAUAUGAUUUUUUCAGUCAGAUAUUAUCAGCUGUUGAAUAUGUUCAUUUAAAAGGAUGUAUUCAUAGAGAUCUGAAGCCUGGAAACAUAUUUUUCUCAAUGAAUGGCCAAAUUAAAGUAGGUGAUUUUGGACUAGUUAAAGAUAUGGAAGAUAGUUUAGAAUUGCAGGCUUGCAAUUACAAUUCUGGCUAUGGAACUCUGUCUAGGGAUGUUGGUACGAGAUUAUAUAUGAGUCCAGAACAGCUGAAUAACAAAGUGUAUGACUAUAAGGUGGACAUUUAUUCCCUAGGAUUGAUAUUUUUUGAAUUACUGACUCCAUUCAAAACUGGUAUGGAACGGUUUAAAUGUUUAACUGCACUUAGGAGCAGGAUAUAUCCAAAAGAUUUUGCAGAGGACUUUCCAUUUGAGCAUGAUCUCUUGGAAUCCAUGCUGUGUGAUGAUCCUAAGGAGCGGCUUACAACUAUUGGAAUAAGGGCAAAACCACCUUUUAGGGAUAUCAAUGCCAGUUAUGAUGAAAAAUAUUUUUAUGAAUUGCCCAAACCUGAAUAGGAGGGAUUUGUUUAAAAUUUUUCUCACCUUAUUUAUUUUGUAUUAUAAAAGUUCUGUUUCUUUUGAAGAAUUGAAUUGUACAAAACGAAACUUACUGUUUCACUUAUUUAUAAAAACAUUUCUUUCCAUUCCUUGAAACAUUUGUGACUGAUUUUUUUUUUCUUUAGUUUUUGCAUUAUGAAUGCAUUAUUACUUUGAAUAUGAUAGGAAUGGGAGGUACAGACGCAUUCCUGUUGAAAAUAUGUUAAAAUAAAAUUGAAUGUUUGUAAAUGAA